AUGUCACAAUACUUCCUUCAAGAGGAACUCUAUCGCAUACCCGUGCCUUUGCUUCACUCUUGGCCAUUCGUCGAGAGCCGCUUGAGUCCCUUUCUCACCUUCUUCACACCCCAAGAUGCAAGAGUCUUAUCGUCGAGAGAUGAUCAGAAGAAGGUCGACUUUUGUAACAACCAGCUCCGUCUGUAUCUCAACAGCACCGAGUGGACUGGCUCAUGGAGGAUGAAGAGUGAUGCGUCGGAUUCGGCUGCACUUGGAUUUCCAAUUUGCGUCCCAGAACUCACCCUCGCAAGCUCUGCGGUGUACAUCACUCGCAGCCUAUACGGGUCACUCAUUAGCCCCCAUGACCUCAUUCAUCUUGUCCUCAGUCUUCUGUUCUGCGUAAUCUGUGGAACGAUGAUACAUACCACACUGACUGAAGAUGCGCCCAUCUUCGUUGUUGAGUACGAGGACUGUUCGUACUGGAGCAUGCUCGGGCAUAUGUUGACCAACACCCGUCGGCCACCAUGCUUUCGUCUGACAGUAAUAUACACUCGAUGCGUCGCAGGUACCACCGUGUUCAAGCGAAAGUAUAGCGAACACAUCAAGUACCUCGACCUCUUGGAUAUCUACGGCAACUUUGACUCUCAACGAUUUGAGAAGUGGAUACGAGCUGUCGUUCUCAAUGCGAUGUCAGUCCCUUAUGGUUCUGCAUGGAACCUUUAUCACCUCACACUAACAUGA